AUAUAACCCUCCGGUCUAUGUUGACCAUCGCACUUGCCUUAGUUAACUCCCUGCAGGACCUGUACACUCUCCUCUCCUCCUCGCGCUCCCCUUGUUGUUGUUUUCGGUGGUGUUAAGGUCCAACGAAAAGGACCCUCGGAGGUAUAAUCGCGAGAAGGAAUCGCCGCUCGUUCUAGGAGGAUGAGGAACUCGAUCGUUUCCAAGGUCCUUCUGUUUGCUGUCUUGCUCGUCGUGAACUGCGAGUGUCGGAGGGUGCGGCGCCAGGACCUGAUUCCGUUCCCUCGAGUGGGCAAGAGAGGUCACGUCUCCGAGGCGGAGGGUUGGCCAGCCGAGGACGAGGUUGUGGGCACCGCCUUCGAUCUCCAGGACGACCUGUACUUGGGCGACGGGCCAGUCAUGUCCCUUCUGGAUACGCUUCUUAGAGAUUUCCAUUCCCAAGCCAUGGCAGACACUCCAUCGGUGCUUCAGCGCGACCUUCACUCCUACGUCAAAAGGAGCCGCAGUUCGAGCAAGGCAUCCGCAGCCAACGCGCGCAGGAUGCCCGGCAGGAGAGGCGCCCUUGGGCCAAACGCCGUCAACUCUGCGAUUGUUGGAGCGCUCUGGAAGGUCUUGGAUAUGCAGGAUCCCGAAGAAGUCGAAACUUACUUACAAGCACAUUUGGGACAUUAGGUGCGGUUUCUGAAGCCACACGAGGCACGAUUCCAGUAUAACAACUGCUGAAAACAUGACCUAGAAAACCGUUGUAUGAUAGUAUGAUUCAAGGAUAAUGAAUGGCAAGAAAACGUCCAUACAACCAACAGAAAAAAACACAGAAAGAGCCUAUGAAUAGCCGCUAUUCAUAUACAAACUCCUUGAGUACACAGACCUCUGGAUCUAUGCUCCAAAAGAGAUAAGUCUACCGAAAGUGUAAAAAUGCCAUUUUACUGCUGUGUCAAAAAUGGCUCAGGGAAACCCAAAUAUUAGCAGCGUACAAGAAGACUGAGUAAUACAGGUAUUAUCAAACAUUUUUCAUUGUAUUCUCAUGACACGUGGUACAGUUUUAUCCUGUAUAAUUCCACAACGCUUUAUACAGUGAGUCAACACAUUAUUAUACUGAUAUUUAUGAUUAUCUUUAUCUCCUGAGCUUUGUGCACUCGGGGGCUGGAGCGCACACUGCUCAUUAUCAUUGUAUAUACUUAUCCUGUAUAAAAAAUGACACCUUUUAUUCGAACAAAAUAUAUGGGGUUUACAUAUAUU